AUGGAUCUUCCCUUGAAUACCCAAACAGAUGAACAUUUGCACCUUGACGUGUGUUUGGAUGAGCUGUCACCUCACAGUGGGAUCAUCGAGCUGCUUAAAACCCUGAGACCACAGUGGAGAGCUGAGGAUCUCCAACUAAAGGUGUUUACAGAGGGCAUCACUAAUCAGCUGCUGGGCUGCUCAGUGAGCACAGACUUGGCCAUGGUGUUGGUUCGAGUGUACGGACGAAGGACUGAGCUUUUUGUUGACCGUAAGAAGGAGAUGGAGAUGCUGAAGCUGUUGCACUCAUAUGGGUGUGGCCCAAGACUCUACUGCAGCUUCCACAAUGGCAUCUGCUACGAAUUCCUGGAGGGUGUGGCAUUGAAUGAUGCUCAACUCCAACAGCCUUCUGUCUACAGACUGGUUGCAGAAGAAAUGGGGAAAAUCCACUCAAUAAAGCUGAAGUCCGGCUCGUCUGUGGAGCCUGUGCUAUGGGCAAAGUUGGCUAAUUACCUGAAAUUAUUGCAGAACUGUGAAAAUGAUGAUGUGCUAUGGCACAGUUCACAGUUGGACAUUCCCAGCAUGGACAUGUUAACAAAUGAGAUGGAGGAGCUGAAGAGACACUUAAACAGAGUGGAGUCUCCAACAGUGCUGUGUCACAAUGACCUACUGACCAAAAAUAUCAUCUACAACUCAGAUGAAGGUGUCGUUAAAUUCAUAGACUACGAAUAUGCUGACUUUAAUUACCAGGCGUAUGACAUCGGAAACCACUUCAAUGAAUAUGCAGGUGUGAAUGAUGUGGAUUACAGUCUGUACCCGAGCCUCGAGCUGCAGUGGGACUGGCUGAAGUCUUACCUACAGAGUGUAAGAAUCAACAGCCGAGUCGACUCACAGAUCACUCAGAGAGAAGUGAACACUCUGUAUGUCCAAGUCUGCAAAUUCUCUCUGGCGUCUCACUUGUCCUGGGGUUUGUGGGCUCUGUUACAGGCCAAAUACUCCACAAUCAACUUCAAUUUCUUAAAGUAUGCUGCUGCUCGAUUCAGUUUCUACUUUCAGAAGAAGGAGGAGUAUUUAGGAAUGAAGCUUCCUUAA